AUGAGCAGCGGUGAAGACACCGUGUGCGUCACAGUGGGUGUUUUGGCGCUCCAAGGCGCAUUUCAUGAGCACAUGGCUCGUUUCGCGUCGCUGAAUGCGUCUGCCAAAGGCUUCUGUGUGCGUCCCAUUGCCGUGCGGCGAGUUGAUCAACUAGAGCAAUGCCAUGCUCUUGUGAUACCUGGUGGCGAGUCUACAGCAAUCGCGCUGGGUCUGCGCAAUGCUGGUCUCACAGAACCGGUUCGCGAGUGGAUUCGCCGCGGCCGUCCGGUUUGGGGAACAUGUGCUGGCAUGAUUAUGCUUGCUGCUAUUGCCACUGGUGGCAAGCGCGGUGGCCAAGAACUGCUCGGAGGCAUGGACAUUCAAGUGGGUCGUAACGGGUUUGGUUCGCAGGUGUAUUCGUUUGAAUGCGACGUCCAAUGCCCAGCGCUCGGCGCCAAGCCAUUUCCUGGCGUGUUUAUUCGUGCUCCAGUCGUCGAGCGUCUUUUGUCGCUGCCCACAUCCACAUCCUCGUCUUCCAGUGACAAUGCUCAGGAUACCAUUGCGGCUGUACAGCCAGACGUUGCUCCUUCGUCACUCACGUCAGCGCCUGUCAAGUCUGACCAUGUGCCAGUGUCUCGCAGCCCUGCCGACAUGCAUUCGUCUAAGCACUCGGUCGAGCCUAUUGCGUGGCUUCCUGCCACGGAGCCCAUCGUGGGUGAAUCGCCUGCCCAAAAUGAACGUGCGCCUUCGCGCAUAGUGGCUCUUCGUCAAGGACGCUUGCUAGUCACGAGUUUCCAUCCUGAACUCACCACAGAUACGCGUCUGCAUUGCUACUUUGUGCGUGAGAUGGUGCUUCCGUCUAUGUAG